AUGGAGGAACAAUUGAAAGCAUUCCUUAAAGACCGAAAUGAAUAUAAACGCAAAACCAAAAGCUUUGAGAAACAAAUGAAGGACUAUAUUAACGAAAACGAUGUGAUAAAAAUCGAAUGUCAGAAACUCAAAUCCCAAAUAGAUCAAUUAUUAGCGGAAAAGCUCGCCUGUCGUUGUAAAAUCGACGACCUAAUGGAAGAAAACAAAAGAGCGGUUGAAAAGAUAAAUGAGCUGAAGGAAAAGAACAGAAAUUUAACAAUUAAAAUUGACACCUUCCAACAACGCAAUCAAUUGACAACUAACCUGACACAAACGGAAGUUGGAAAACUGAACGCAACCAUAGAACAACUGCAAUCUAACUUGGAAAGAACACAAUUGGUACAAGAUCAAGAAGAAAGAAGACAUCAAGAAAAAAUAAAGCGAUUGAACGAAACAAUUUUCAGAUUGGAAGAAAGACUUAAACAGUCAUUUACUAAGUUUGACAGUGGCAAAAACAUAUGCAAAAUUUGCAAACGCAAAUCGAGAGUUAGUUUUGCGGAAGCUGCAGAGGUCAGUAAGUCGGGCAACGUAAAUGUAAAAUUUGUGCAGGUUAACUUAGAAGAAGGGGAUGAAUUGAAUGCGGUAAGUGCGUUUUAA